CGUGGAGUCAGAGAUGGGUUUUUUUAGUUUUUUUUACUCUGUUUCUUUCCAUUGCUUAGCGAGGAGAAGAGAUGUGGAGCCGGAGAGCGUGCCUGGGGGCUCUGCUCUGAUCCUGCCCCUUUGCUAGAAGUCUCUUGGUGGUUUCCCACGGCUGGGCAGACCUUGACCUUGGUGGGACCCCCCUUGUUCCCCCCCCCGUGGCUGUGGUAGCCUGCAGUCCCCGCAGUGAUGCUGGGGCUGGACGGGUUGCUGAGACCAGCCUCUUCCUCCCCGUGCCUGGAUGGGAUUGACUACGACGACUUCAAUUUCAGCUCCCACAUGAUGGAGCAGAAGGAGCCCCUGAUGGAGACGGUGGAAGGUCCCUACCUUGUCAUCAUCGAGCAGCCAAAGCAGCGGGGGUUCCGAUUUCGGUACGGCUGCGAGGGUCCCUCACAUGGGGGGCUGCCAGGAGCAUCCAGCGAGAAGGGGCGCAAGACUUAUCCCACCGUGAAGAUCUGCAACUUCACGGGGAUGGCCCGGAUUGAGGUGGACCUGGUGACACACAGCGACCCUCCUCGUGUGCAUGCCCACAGCCUGGUGGGCAAGCAGUGCAACGAGGCUGGCAACUGUGUGGCCAUCGUGGGACCCAAGGACAUGACGGCUCAGUUCAGCAACCUGGGUGUGCUCCACGUCACCAAGAAGAACAUGAUGGAGAUCAUGAAGGAAAAGCUGAAGCAGCAGAAGAUGCGCAACAGGAGCCAUCAGCUGACGGAAGCGGAGCUGCGCGAGAUCGAGCUGGAGGCGAAGGAGCUGAAGAAGGUGAUGGACCUGAGCAUCGUGCGGUUGCGUUUCACGGCCUACCUGCGGGACAGCAGCGGGAACUUCACCCUGGCCCUCCAGCCCGUCAUCUCCGACCCCAUCCACGACAGCAAGUCCCCGGGAGCUUCCAACCUGAAGAUCUCACGGAUGGAUAAGACGGCAGGCUCGGUGCGGGGAGGGGACGAGGUCUACUUGCUGUGCGAUAAAGUUCAGAAAGAUGACAUCGAGGUGCGUUUCUACGAGGAUGAUGAGAACGGCUGGCAGGCCUUCGGGGACUUCUCCCCCACGGAUGUGCACAAGCAGUACGCCAUCGUCUUCCGCACACCCCCCUACCACAAGCCCAAGAUCGACCGUCCCGUCACUGUCUUCCUGCAGCUGAAGAGGAAGAGGGGGGGUGACGUGAGUGACUCCAAGCAGUUCACCUACUACCCCGUGGUGGAAGAUAAGGAAGAAGUGGAGAGGAAGCGCAAGAAAGUCCUGCCUCAGUUUCCCCAGCACUUCGGCGGGGGCUCACACAUGGGGGGUGCCGGCGGGGGGGCCGGGGGCUUCGGAUCUGGAGGAGGCGGGAACCUCAGUUUCCCCUACUCCCCUGGGCUGGCCUACAACAGCAUCUACUCGCCUGGCCCCCACCCCGUGGGGGGGUACCAGGGGGGGGUGCAGAUGAAGGGCCCGGAGGUGGAAGGACCGGGGAGCAACCAGCAGGCACCCACGGAGGGCACCUCCUGCAAGGACCUGCAGAAGCAAGCUCAGCUCUGCCAGCUGUGGAUGCUGGCACUGGCCCGUCGCAAUGCCCAUGCCCUGCUCGACUACUCGGUCACCGCCGACCCCCGCAUGCUGCUGGCGGUCCAGAGGCACCUGGCCGCCUCGCAGGACGAGAACGGAGACACGCCUUUGCACCUUGCCAUCAUCCACGAGCAGACGGCGGUGAUCAAGCAGCUGAUCGAGGUCAUUGUGAGCAUCCCCAGCCAGCAGAUCAUCAACAUCUCCAACAACCUGAAGCAGACACCGCUGCACCUGGCAGUCAUCACCAAGCAGCCCCAAGUGGUCCAGCUCCUGCUGCAAGCCCGUGCUGACCCCACCUUGCUGGACCGCUACGGGGAUUCCCUGCUUCACCUGGCCCUCCAGACUGGAGAUGAAGAGAUGCUGAAGACACUGCUGGCCCACCUGGGCUCAGCUGCCCCAUACUUGCUCCGCCUGCCCAAUUUCCAUGGCCUCCUGCCUGUGCACUUGGCCGUCAAGGCAAAGAGUUUGGCCUGCCUGGACCUGCUGGUCAGGAAGGGAGCGGACGUGAAUGCGGUGGAGAGGCAAGGUGGGAGGACCCCGUUGCACCUCGCCGUGGAGAUGGAGAACCUGAACAUGGCCACCCACCUGGUGAAGAAGCUGGGAGCAGAUGUCAACAGCCGGACCUUCGCUGGGAACAGCCCCCUGCACUUGGCCGCUGGCCUGGGCUCCCCCACCCUCACCAAACUGCUCCUCAAAGCUGGGGCAGACGUGCUGUGCGAGAACGACGAGCCCGUGAGCCCGUCCUCCUCGGAGGCCAGCAGUGACACGGACGCCGACCCUGAGGAGCAGGAGCUGGCCAUGGAGCUGGGGGAACCGGCCUCCACCGUGGAGGGGGGCACCAACCCCGAGCCCCCCGCGCAGGCAGGGCACAGGCAGCGCCGCUGCCACACACCCCUGGACCUGACUCGGAGCCAGAAGGUGCGUGAGAUCCUGCUGCAGGCCUCCCAGCAGGGUCCCGAGGCAGAGAUGCCCACCGCCCCCCGGCCAGGGAACGUCCUGUCGCUGGACAAUGAGGCGCUGCAGGGGCUGGAGCAGCUGCUGAACCAGGACUGCAGUGGGUCGGACUGGAUGGAGUUGGCCAAGCGCCUGGGGCUCUGCAGCCUGGUGGAGACCUUCAAGGACACCCCCUCGCCCAGCGUCAGCCUCCUGCGCAGUUAUGAGCUGGCGGGGGGCAGCCUGGGGGGGCUGCUGGAGGCACUGGACUCCAUGGGGCUCCGUAACGCUGUGAGGAUGCUCCACAAAACCGAGGCGUUGGAGAAGCUGCAAAGCACAGAGCUGAAGGAGGACAGUGCCUACGGCAGCGAGUCGGUGGAGGAGGAACAGGCACCCACGCUGACCCUGAAGCCAGGACCGGGGGGCGAGCUGCCCCACAGCCAGCAGCCACAGGUGCAUUGAGGGGCUGGCAGCCCCCACACCCACCCAGGGCAGGGGGCCAGGGGGGGGCCACAUUGUCCCCCUAACCCUGCCCUGCCCACACAACAAGUGCCUUCUGGACUUGGGGUCCGGCUGCCUGGACUUGGGAGGAUGGGAUGCAGCUGGCUCCUGCCCCUCUCUGCUCUUAUUUAAUGGUCCCUCUUCUGAAUAAAGGGACACAGUUUCCAUUAG